UGGUCUCACCUCAGCUGAGUGGCACUAUGGCCGACUGCGCCCAACAACCCGCCCAGGCUGGUGGGGGGAAGCGCAAAAAUAGGGCCCAGUACGUGCAGGCCAAACGAGCUCGGCGCUGCGACGGCGGCGGGCCCAGGCAGUUAGAGCCCGGGUUACAGGGCAUCCUCAUCACGUGCAACAUGAACGAGCGCAAGUGCGUGGAGGAGGCCUACAGCCUGCUCAACGAGUACGGCGACGACAUGUAUGGGCCAGAAAAGUUUAUAGACAAGGAUCCACAACCCUCUGGCAGUGAGGGAGAUGACGAUGACGCAGAGGCUGCUCUGAAGAAAGAAGUUGGUGACCUUAAGGCAUCUACGGAGAUGAGGCUGAGAAGAUUCCAGUCAGUGGAAAGUGGAGCAAAUAACGUAGUGUUCAUCAGGACACUCGGAAUAG